AUGAUGUUUUUUCCAUCAAUUCUGUUGAUAUUGUUAACACAUUUUAAUUAUGUACAAUGUGCAACCACAUGCAAUCGAGGACAAUAUUUAGAUAAUACUAAUUGUUAUAAUUGUGAACCAGGUUAUUAUUGUCCAGAUGGUGUACGACAAAUACCUUGUAGUCCAGGAACAUAUCAGGAUGAUUAUCAAUCAUCAAGUUGUGCUAGUUGUUCAAGUGGUUAUUAUACAACACUCUAUAAUUCAACGAAAUGUUUGAUUUGCCCAAUUGGGAAGAUGUGUCCAAACAAUGAUCGAGAUCCUAUUACCUGUCCAGCUGGCACUUAUCAGAAUUCUGCUGGCAGUACAACAUGUGUACAAUGCAGCCAAGGUUAUUACAGUACAUCCCCAAAUUCAUUGGAAUGUCAAAUAUGUCCGAAAGGAAGUGAAUGUCCGCGACCGGACCAGGGACCUUUGUUGUGUCGUCCAGGAACAUAUUCCUAUGAUUAUGGAGCUUAUGCUUGUCAAACGUGCACAAGUGGCACGUAUACGACUCAGAGUGGUACUGUUUCAUGUGUCGCCUGCCCAAAAGGAAACGAAUGUCCGAGAGCCGAUCAGCCACCUUCACCGUGUCGUCCUGGAUCAUUCGCAGGAAGCGAUGGAUUAACGUCGUGUACUGCAUGUUCACAAAACUAUUAUGCCACAAAAAGUGGACAAGUCGCUUGUCAGCUGUGCCCCGUGGGUUUUGACUGUUUACAACGUGAUCAGGAUCCACGACCGUGUCCGGCUGGAUACAGUCGAGAUUAUAGCCAAACAUCAUGUACAAAAUGUUCGAGUGGUACUUAUGCAAAAAAUAUAAGUUCAUCUCGUUGUGACUCAUGUCCAGCUGGAAAUGAAUGUCCUUCCGCCGAUCAGUUACCAUCUCCAUGUCGUGCUGGUACAUACGCAUCAAGUAUGAACACAGCAACAUGUUCAAAAUGUCCAUCAGGCUACUAUACAACAAAAACAGGUAGUGUGCAAUGUGACAUUUGCUCAAGAGGAAGUUCUUGCGCAAGUCCAGAUCAAGCACCCAUGCUCUGUCCACCUGGUACAUACAGUGGUUUAAAAACUACAAUGUGCUCAAAAUGUACGCAGGGUUACUACACAGUGACGAACGGAUCAAUCGAUUGCAAUAUUUGUCCGAGUGGUUAUCAAUGUUUAAGUAGUGAUAAAGCACCAACCCCGUGCCCAGCAGGAACUUACUCAAAUUAUGGUAGUACCACAUGUCUAUCGUGCAGCAGAGGAUAUUACGCUGUUUCACCCAGCUCUUCAUCAUGUUUACCAUGUGCACCCGGUUACUAUUGUGAUGAUGUGACGAUGUGUCCAAAACAAUGUGCAAAAGGAAUGUAUUCUGAUUCAGGUGUUGUCACAUGUUCUCAGUGCACUAAAGUCAUCAAUGAACUUAUUCGUAGAAAAUUCGAUUGGGAAUUUGUAUUCAAUUGGGAAUCAGAAAUUGUAAACAAGGACUUGGUAAUGAUAUCAGUAUUUGGUAAUGAAAUUGACUUUUCUAUUGUUCAGCUAAUCAUCAAUAAUUUUCAUUUCGAUUAUCACGAUAACAAAACAAUAGAUGAAAUUAUUGAAGCUUUUGCGGAAGAAGUUGAUAUGGAGGGUAUUGAGUAUACAAUAAUUAAAUUAUUAUUAUUAUCAAAUACUAAAUUUCAUUAUUACAUUUUCUUUGCCGUAGAUAUCAAAUAUCAAAAUACGAUCGAUAUUAAAUUAGAGACACUCGAUAGACGCCUGAACAAUGACUCUGUGGACACAAAUUUUAAUGACGUCAAUACAAUUCAAUCUAUGUCAACUAUUACAUUUGAAAGAGAUACCGACAGCGACACGAACUCUGUUAUUAUUAUGGAUAAUGAAAUUGACAACAAUCCAAUACCUCAAUUUCAUCGUCUCUAUCCAUAUUCUCGCUUUGAUGGCUAUGCAAAUGAAGGUCACACUCAAAAUUGGACUAUGAUCGUUUUGGAAAAUGCCUAUAUUAAACUAUGGAUAUGUCCUGAAAUUGGAGGUAAAAUAUGGGGAGCUCGAGAAAAAUCGACUGGGAAAGAUUUUAUCUAUUUCAAUCAUGUUGUUAAAUUUCGUGAUGUUGCCAUGCGAGGCCCAUGGACAUCGGGUGGAAUUGAAUGGAAUUUUGGUAUUAUCGGACAUUCACCAUCAUGUUCAGCACCAGUCGAUUAUUUCUGGAAAAAAAAUGAAAAUAAACAAAUUGUAAGCUGUACAGUGGGUACAACGGAUUGGUCAUCACAAACAACAUGGCGUGUAGAAAUAUGUUUAGAAAAAGAUAAAACUUAUUUUCAAACGCGUACAUGGUGGUUCAAUAAUACGGCACAAGAUCAGUCAUACUAUCAGUGGACAAAUGUUGGAAUUAAAACAAAUGGAAAUCUCGAAUAUAUAUUUCCAGGAAAUAGACAUUUAGGACAUGACGGUCGUCACUUCUCUUGGCCCUAUGAUGAGUUGAACAAACAUCAAAUAUCUUUUUAUAAUCAAAACGAUUUUGGCGAAUAUAAAUCGUAUCAUGUCUAUGGUACAAUUACUAACUUUUGGGGUUGUUAUUGGCACGAAGAUAAUUUUGGUUUUGGACAUUAUUCAUUGUAUGAUGAUAAAGUGGGUAAAAAAAUAUGGAUUUGGGGUUUAUCUCGGUAUGGCAUGAUAUGGGAAGAUUUGUUAACUGAUGAAGACGGUCAAUAUUCUGAAGUACAAGCGGGCAGAUUGUUUAAUCAAACAGUGGCGUCAAGUUCAAAAACACCAUUUAAACAUCGAACAUUUUCACCUUAUACAUUAGAUAAAUUUGAUGAAUAUUGGUUUCCAAUUAAAAAUAUUCAAGGACUUACGCACGCUUGCAAACAAUUAUCAUUUAAAAUAAAUGAAUAUUCAAUUCAAAUAUGUGCAAAUGAAUAUUUAAAUCAAACAUUAAUGUUGAAGUUUGAGCAUGACAUCUUAUUCAAACAUAAACUGGAUUUAAAACCAAUGCAAACAAUUGAUCUAAAAUUUCCAAAAUUACAGCAAAGUCAACUAAAACAGGUCAGCAUAUAUUUAAAUGACGAACUGAUUUAUGAUGCCCUACAAUUACAUUAUGUACUAAAACGUCCUGUUAAUGUUCCUCAAAAUUUUGAUAUUAACUCGUUACAAUCGUUAUCCAUUCAGGGACAAGAAUGGGAACGUCAACGUUUAUUUCAAUUUGCCGUUGAUACAUAUAAAAAAUGUUUACAAAUUGAUCAGAAUUAUAUUCCAGCUUUAAAUGGUCUAGCCGGUAUUUAUUAUCGUCAUACUAAAUAUAACGAUGCAAUUGAACUUCUAAUACGUGUUUUAUCUAUUGAUACAUACAAUUCACGAGCAAACUAUUUAUAUGGUUUAACAAAUGUAAAAUUAGGAAAUAUAUAUGAUGCCCGAGAUGGUUUUUCUCUAUCGAGUCAAUCAAUUGACUAUCGUUGUUCAUCUUAUAUUGAAUUGAGUAAAAUAGAAAUAAGAGAAAAACAAUUUAACAAAGCAUUAGAUUAUAUUGAAAAAGCACUUGACAAUGAUAAAUAUAAUUGGCAAGCAUUACAGUUAAAAGUAUUGUUAGAUUUAAAUUAUGUGGAUAUAGCACUUGAACAAAAUCCAUUAAAUCAUAUGUUUCGCUAUGAAAAAUAUAAACAAAAUGCCGAUAGUUUUCAAUCGGGAAUACAAACAGAAUUGAAACAUCAAGUUUAUCUUGAAUUAGCUACAUGGUAUUAUGAUUUGAAGAAAUAUUCGGAUUCAAUUCAAAUAUUAACAUUAGCUUUAUCAGCUUCUGUCAAUUAUCCAUUAAUUCAAAUUUGGAAAGCAUUUUUAUUAGACAAAAUUGAUAAUAAUUCUCAAUUAUCAAAUGAUUUAUUAAAUGAGGCUGUGUUAAUGGAAUCAGAUUAUGUGUGUCCUCAUCGUCAAGAAGAUGUUGAUAUACUAAAAUGGGCAAUAGAAAAAAAUUCAAAUUGGAAAUUAAAAUAUUAUUUAGCAUUGCUCAAUAUCCACAUGUUACAGGAUAGUGAGGCAUUAACUUUACUAUUAUCUUGUUCACCUGCUGAUGCUAAUGAUCAUUAUUAUCCAUUCUAUAUCGUACGAGCUAUGCUUCUUAAAAAACUAAAUAAUGAUACGAAAGCUUGUGAAAAUGAUUUGAUAAUAGCAACUGAAACAAAAAAUUGGCGCACAGUAUUGACAUUAUCAAAAUUCUAUGAAAAUAAUAAUAAUUGGCUCAAAGCAUUGGAAAUUGUCAGAUCAUUGUACCAUGAGAGUGAUCAAAAUUAUUAUGCUAGUUUACAAUUAGCCAAAUGUCUAAUGUAUACAAAAGAGUACGAAAAUGCCAUUGAUUUGAUGAAAAAUAAAUUUUAUAUAUUGCCAAAUGAAGGGACAUUGCUUGGGCGGUAUAUUUGGCGUGAAACACAUUUAUAUGCUGCAUUAGAAACAAUCAUAGCAAAUAAUUACUCGAAAGCACUCAUUUAUAUUAAUGAAGCUCGAAAAUGGCCGGAAAAUUUAGGUGUGGGAAAACCGUACGAUGUUGAUGAACGUUUAGAAGAUUUUCUAGAAUUAUGCUGUAUUCAACAGAAUCAUGAUGAAAAAUUAAUUUUAGAAAAAAAAAUUAUGAAUUAUCGAAUCAAUUAUCCUCAUCAAUUAUUUAAAUCUAGCGAUCUCCUUACCAUUUUCAUACUUAAAAAACAGGGAUAUAUAGAAAAGGCAAAGGAAUUAAUGGACAAAUGGUUGAAACAGGAUAAUUCAAUGACUGUCCGUUGGAGUGAAGCUGUAUUAAACAAUGAUAAAACGGGAACUAGUGCUAUUUGUAGUGAAACUGAAGAAACCAUCGAUUCGAAAGAAGCAUUACCAUAUGAAACAGUAUUUGAAGAUAGAGAAUUUUCAUUUAUAAAACAACUUUACCAAGUAGGAUUACUAAGACUGUAA